AUGGAUCAUAAUCAAAGCGAUUAUGAAAGUGACAAAGAUGAAAGCAACCAAAGUGGUGAUAUAAUUAUUAAUGAAAAUAUACAAAAUUAUGAAAGUGAUUUAAGUAAUCAAAGUGAUCAAGUGCUAGACAAAAAAGAAUUAUUAAAUUUUGGUUAUAAGAAACUACAAGUCUUAUUGAAUCAUUAUGAAACAA